AUGUUCCAUUGGAGUCAUCAGAUCGAACUGAACAAUAGAAGAUCUGCGAGCAUUCAGGAUGUAUAUGACCGAUUGGGUGAGAACCCUGUCAAAUGUGGUACGGUCGCAGAAUUCCGAGACCAUUUAAGAACUUUAGCAAGUGUCCACAACAGUCUGUACAAUUUCAAUCGGUCGUAUUGUCACCGAGAGAAACGGGCUUUACUCGAGAGACAGCGGCAAAUGACCAUGCACAAAACGGCCGACAGCUUGUUAGGAGACCCAGAAAAAAGAAACUGCAAAAACCAUUGUGGGUCUACAAGCAGUCCAAACGAUGCCGCAAGCGAAGACGACAGAGAGCCCGUCGCGGGCGGGAGAGGCCCCAAGGUGCGGCUGUAGUUGCAUUUGGCGACGCCGAUUUGCAUUCAUUGAAAGGCAAUCCGUCAGUUCCCGUCAAGAAAUUCCGACAAGUUCUUGCACAAAAAGCUCUUAUGCUCUGUGUAGAUGAGUAUAAGACGAGUAAAGUCUGUAGCAGUUGUGAUACCACGACGAUCGAAGUCCGAGACAACAAUCAGUUGUUUUGCAAACACAAGUGAGUUAUCAAAAGCCCGGGCAGAUAUCCAGAACGAUAUUCACGCAAUUAUACCUAAAAAAAAGAAGAAACGAGUGCGAGAAAUUGACAAGAGAUUGCGACAGAGAUGUCUUGACGAAAACAACGACAUCAUUGGAUACAGCUCUGACUGUGGAGCGAGACGACCCGGUAAGCAGCAUUAUCCACCGCUUUAACGUACAUAUCUGACAGUGAAGUUUAAGGUCAAGGGUAUUUGAGCAUUGUUUAUCCGGUAGGAAUGUGCCCUCAUUGCAUUUCUGA